AUAAGUGUUUGGAGAGCAAUUGUAGAUAGGCUAGAUUGUAGAUAGGCUAAUUAGAAAAUACAAUCAUCACAUGUGGCUAUUAUUUAUAAUCUGUAAAGCUUUAUUUACUCGUAUGCAUGUCAGUUGUUGUUUAAUUAAGAAAGAAAACUUAAAGUUCGAAAUAAUUUUCAGCUCCUGCGCUGUCUCCAGAUUUGAAUUGAGCGACAUCUAGUGGACGAGUGUGGUAACUAUGAUCUAAUCUGGACCCCGCGACAGACAUUACUGUUCUCAUUUCGAGUCAUAAUAACGUUAUGAAAAAUAGUAGUCAUUCAGAGUAAGCUGAAAUAUAAUCUGAUACUCAUGCAGUGCCAUGGAAUCUGUAUCACUGGAGUUUCUAGUAUUAGAGACUGCUCCAUCUCCCUCUAGUGGUCAAAAUAAACACGUCAUCUAUUGUAUUGCGUCAGUGAAAAUGAAUGAAUAUAUCUUGUUAUUUUAAUCAACAGCAACCUCGUGUUAGUAAAGAAAGUUUUUUUAUAUGCAGAAACAUUCGUUUUAAAGUGUUUUAGAUCUACAGAGCAAAGAAGAAACAAUUCACAGGUGCGCGAGCGGAGGUGACUUUCGUUGUACCACCAGAUGUGUUGAGAGAGGGAGGGAGGGGGUCUUUCAGGGCCGCUGUGCUUUUGCCAGCGGGUAUCAGGUGACCCCCGCAGGGCACGAAAUCUGAACUGUGCGUCCCUGAACUCGAGUUCUCGGCUUACACGAGCGCGCAGCGCGUUUAUUCUUCGAAACACUGAAGUCAGUGUGUGUACUAUAUGUGUUCGUCUAUAGAGAAUAGACGAGAGGAGAUUUUUAUUUCCUUACAUAUGAAACAUGUACCUGUAGAUGAUCCCUAUAAUAAUAAUAAAUUAUAGAAACAAUAGCUGGCAGUUAUAUUUUUACCCUCUUUAAGGCCGAGCCAUAAAAAAACUAACUCACAUGCAUUCUAACCAGCACUUAAGAUUCCUCAAAGUCUCAUUUUUGCAUUCUCACAUCAGAAGAUGACACGCGCAUAUCAGAUCACCCCGCGCUCUGUUAAGCCUCGGUACUCGCAUUCCAGCCGAAAUGGACCCGGGUCAGCCUGUGGGAGGAGGAGGUGUUGAGUUUCACCUCCUCCCCUGGAUCUCCUCCGCACUCACUUCUGCGCGCUCAUUGUUCCAGCGCCGCGUCGACCGCUCGCUCGGGAUGGGCGUCAGAUUCCCGUGACAGGCGCGUCUGACAGCAGCCGCUUCACCCGAAUCAUGCCCGAGAUGGAAAAAGGGCGAGCGCCCGAAAACAAGCGCAGCAGGAAACCUGCGCAUCCAGUCAAGAGAGACGUCAACAACGACAUGAAGAACUUUGCUGAGAACACCAUGAAUGAGCUGCUGGGCUGGUACGGCUACGAUCAUGUGGACCUGCGACACUCUGAUGCGCCUGACACCCGCCAACGAUCAAAACACAACCAAAUAUCUGUAGUUAAAGAGAACUCAUUGCCAAAGGCAAAUGCUGAGGAGAGGAACGUGCCAUUAUCUUCAUCAGAGCCUGUGAGGAAUAGUGAGAGGGAGCCGGUGGUCACGCCCAUCUCAUCAUCAUCAUCAUCUGUCUCUCCACGAAUCAGAGAGCAACACAACAUGAAUGUCGUUGUGCCAUUAAUCAAACCUUCUGCUGUGGAAGAUGUACAGAAUGUUCAGAUCGUGUGUGUGUGGUGUCAGAAGGAGGGAAUGAAGCGUUAUUCUCUGCUCAUGGGUUCAGAACUCAAGAGUUUCUGCAGUGAGAAAUGUUUCGCUGCCUGUCGCCGGGCGUACUUCAAACGCAACAAGGCUCGAGAUGAAGAUCGCCAUGGCGACCAGUCACCGCCUCCCGGCCAGACCCUGGACACGCCCUCAAGACUUCUGCUGAAGAUGAACAACAACACUCGGGUGUGUGAUUGGUGUAAACACAUCCGUCACACUACGGAAUAUCUGGACUUUGGUUCUGGAGAGGAGCGACUGCAGUUCUGCAGCACAAAAUGUCUGAAUCAGUACAAAAUGGACGUGUUUUACAAGGAAGCGCGCGCAGCUCUCAACGGUUCUGCUUCUGCUUCCAGCGGGGCUUAUGACGACGAGGAGAACCAUCAGAAAGCUGGAGGAGGAGAGAACCAGAAACUUCUGACCCCAGAGUCCUGGGAGAGCUCUCCGCCCAAAACGCCCACAUCAGUGUCUGUGCUAAACACUCCGUCUUCAACGUCUUCAUCACUGAGAACGCCCGUCUCCACGAGCCAGUCCCGGGAGCGGUCGUGUGUCCAGACAAACACGUCACCCUCCGUCGCUUUGGACCAGCCACGCCCACCUCCUAUUACCCUCCCUUUUGUCCGGCCACCCCUGCAUGCCCGGGUUGUGCGGAGCCCAAUCCCUCAUCCACCCCGUAACCUGCCACGCCCCGCCAGCCCCAUCCAGCGACCUCCUCACCCGGCUUCUUUUGCUCCGCUCCACCCGCCCCCUCUGCUUCAGUCCUUCCCCGGCCAGUACGUGCCCUUCCACCCCGCCUACCCUCCCCACCUGCCCCCGCCGUGGCCGCAGCCCAUGAUGCUGGUUCCCUACCCCGUCAUCGUGCCAAUCCCGGUGCCAAUUCCCAUUCCCAUCCCGUUACCUCGCUCGGGUCACGUUGGUGUCAUACGAAGCCCGCAGGGGCGAGAAGAGAAAGAUUGGGGUGACCGCACGCCCGAUCCGGGUCACUCCAGCUCUGAGGAGUCAGAGGUUCAGCACAGAAUAAAGACUGAACAAACUCCUUCCCCUCUUGCCCUCUCCUUACCCUCGACGUCUAUCGGGUCGUCGGAGCGGCAGGUAAUUCAGUGUCUUCACAGACACCCGGUCAAAGAGGAGCUUCAGAACGGCACCACCUUACCUGACACGCCCGAAACCCGGGCGCUCACCACACACAUCUCACACGUUCUACGCAAAGCACUUAAACAUAGUGCCGGCAACGCGCCACCGGUGGUCACACCCUCAGCCUCAUUGGACAAUAAAACCGUCACUCCGGCAUCUCUGUAUUCGUUGGCCCAUUCCACCGCCAUUCAGAUCACCUCCGUUUCGUUGGACAGUACGCACAGAAUUGGCCCGGCCUCUGAUGGGACAGCAGGCUCCGCCCAGAUUCCCUCACCUCUGUCUGAUUCAGAGGAUGUGAAGGAGAACAGUUAUUUAGGUGGCUCAACCAAUCCCUGGUCAGCGGUGAGGACAGACUCCCGAAGCGACCAAUCUAAAGAGAGCAUGGGGGCAGAGGAUGCUUCUCAAGAUGUCGAGCACACGUACGCUCGAUCUGUACCUCCCAAACUACGAGAGAAAAAUGCUCACGUGAAUGCUCAGACGAGCACACAAACGCACCUACACACACAGACAUACAACUUGCUUCCUCAGAGCUCAGAGACCAGCGGAAGAGACGAUCCAGAACCUGCCGUCAAGAGGAGAUGUUUGAGAAUCAGAGAUCAGAAUAAAUGAACCUGGUUUCAGAGUUUAUGGGUUGAAAAUCUAGCGUGUGAACGUGCAAAGGACACAUACAGCCUCAAACAUCGCCCUCUGGUGACCCUGUGCCAGCAGACGUACAGAAGGUCACAUCCAGCGUUGAGCGGCAGGGCUCAACUCCAGAACGUCAUGAGGACCAUCAGUAGACACGCUGAGAUCAGACGUGUGUGAUCCGGUUACACUCUGACUGUGUGUGUGUGUUUUGCCGAGCUUCUACAAAGCCAGCCAUUGUUCACCACUGCCAGCCCAUCCUUACCGCCUGUGUGCAUGUGUGUGUGAGUUCAGCUGCGGUGUUCGGUUACCUGACACACUGGCGCUUUGGCCACAGGGCAUUUUUAGAUUUCAUCUGAAGAGUGCCAAAAGUGCAGAAACACACACGUACACGGUACACACACACACACACACAGAUUAUUCUGCUAUAUCAGGUCCUCUGAGAGCUGAGACACAGAGAGAGAGAGAGAGAGAGAGAGUAUUAGUGUUUGUGGCCCACACCGAACAACCUCUGAAUUUUUAUCUGCUAUAGUUUUUCUGACACAGUGCUCAGAAUCUCAUAUUUUUACCCCAAAAUACUACAGAAUAUCAUGCUAUUACCAUUAUGGUUGUGUCAAAAAUCCCAUUCUGUAACCGCACUAAAAACUGUACUUAAAGCACUUCGAAUGGAGUCGCAAAAUAUCAGAUAUAAUGAAAUUCCACACAUUUGUAUCAGUAUUAUAAAGACCAAAGAACACUUGUGUUAAUGUCCAGCAGAGAGCAUCAUUGACAUGCAAACAUAUCACUUGAGCUGUGAGGGAUUUCAAAGGCUCACACUUUAACUUUUUCGUUUAAAUGCCUUAAUAUUUCACAUCCAUGGAUACAGCCACUGGAUACGUCAAUGCAUUAUAAAGAAUGCCAAAACAAUGACAAUACAGUAAUUGUUAUGUCUUCAUAACACGUUUAUAUGCUUUUAUGUUGCCAGUAAAGCAGUUUCAGUGAACGUUUUAUGUAUAUUUUUAUGGUGUCUAUUGUGACUUUUACACGUGAUGUAAAACAUGUUGGCAAGUGUGCUAUAGAUUCACUUAAUUGUGUUUGCUUUGACGUCAGAAUGUGACGUAAGCACUCAGAAUAACCUGUUCACUGACUGUCUAUGUGAUUUUGUCAAUCUUUAUUAGAUUUCUUCAUAAUAAAAACUUCAUAUA